AUGUUGGAACCCUACACACCUGGUGCACCUACCAAGGGCCUAGGACCUAGGAGAGCCAAGUGGAGAAAGAAGCGCACUAGGCGCUUGAAGCGUAAGCGCCGCAAGACUCGUGCCCGAUCUUCGGAGUCUGCGCUUCGUUCAACGGCGGCUGGGUGUUCAAGGAAAGAUCAGUUUGAUGACGCGCACUUGUCAGCCUGUGGUGGGAAGUUUCGGAAGGUAGUUGGAUCGGUCAACAAUGCAAUGUCGAUUUGUUCAUUGAGGGUUUAUGAACCAAUAUGUCAUGGGAAAGAAGCUGCCUCUGAUGCUAAAUGCCCUUAUGACUACCAACCCGAUAGGAAUGAAUAA